AUGGCGCCCCCUGAGGCGGACAGCGUUCCCUCUCCUGCUGCUGGAGCAGCAGCAGCAGCAGCAGCAGCAGCAGCAGCAGCAGCAGCAGCAGGAGCAGCAGCUGGUGGUGGUGGUGGUGGUGGUUGUACUCAGCAGCAGCAGCAGCAGCAGCAGCAGCAGGAGCAGCAGCUGGUGGUGGUGGUGGUGGUGGUUGUACUAAUGGGGUUUCUGGUCGAGAGAUGUUAA